UCUGUUCCUUUGAUAUUCCUCCUGUUAAUCACUAUACACACAAUGGGAGCACAAGUAUUGCGUACAGGCAGACUGCCUGCCCUCAGGUCACUUGCCUCAUCUGUUUCGCGAGGCUCAAUAGCGCGCCGUCAUCUGGCUACCGCUGCGGAUGCCUCUGUCCAACAACCCUCGGCCGCCGAAUUGGCCAGUCGCACCCCGCCAUACCCCAAGCUGCUACGAAGACUGUCAGAAGUCCGCCGUAUCCUGCCCGACCGCGCCCUCACACUCGCUGAGAAGAUCCUCUAUUCACAUCUUGAGUCACCUGAAGAGUCGCUCUUGACUGGAACGAACAAUGGCGCCGACAUUCGUGGAAAGGCAAACCUCAAGCUCAAGCCUGACAGAGUUGCCAUGCAAGAUGCCUCUGCACAGAUGGCCUUGUUGCAGUUCAUGUCUUGCGGUCUGCCCAACACUGCUGUCCCUGCCAGUAUCCACUGCGACCACAUGAUUGUAGGAGAACGAGGAGCAGACGUCGACUUGCCCCAGUCAAUCAAGGGAAACAAGGAAGUCUUUGACUUUUUGGAGAGUGCGGCCAAGAAGUACGGUAUCGAGUUCUGGCCCCCUGGUGCGGGUAUCAUUCACCAGAACGUGCUCGAAAACUACUCUGCUCCUGGUCUGAUGAUGCUCGGAACGGACUCGCAUACUCCCAAUGCUGGUGGUCUUGGUGCCAUUGCCAUUGGUGUCGGUGGCGCUGACGCUGUGGAUGCUCUGGUCGAUGCUCCUUGGGAACUCAAGGCUCCCAAGAUUCUCGGGGUGAACCUUGUUGGUCAGCUCAGUGGCUGGGCCAGUCCUAAGGAUAUCAUUCUCAACCUUGCUGGUCAACUCACAGUUCGUGGUGGUACUGGCUACAUUGUCGAGUACUUUGGACCCGGUGUAGAGACUCUUGCAACUACUGGCAUGAGCACCGUGUGUAACAUGGGUGCUGAAAUUGGCGCAACCACAUCCAUCUUCCCCUUCACCAAGGCUCACGUGCCCUACCUCUACGCUACCCACCGCGGUCCCAUCGCCAUCGCCGCCGAAACUAUUGCCAGCUCUCCUGGUCCUCACAACCUUCUUCGCGCUGAUUCUGGUGCCCAGUACGACAAAGUCAUUACCAUCGACUUGAGCACCCUCGAACCUCACAUCAACGGCCCCAUGACCCCUGAUCUUUCUACGCCCCUUUCUCUGUUCCGCGACACCGUCAAGGCAAACAACUGGCCCGAGACUCUCGGUGCCGGUCUGAUCGGCUCCUGCACAAACUCUUCGUACCAAGAUAUGACCCGUGCCGAAUCACUAGUCAAGCAGGCAACUGCUGCUGGUCUCCAGCCCAAGACCGACUUCUUCAUCACCCCUGGCAGUGAGCAGGUCCGCGCAACUCUCGAGCGCGACGAGACUCUCGCCACUUUCAACGACGCUGGUGGUGUUAUUCUUGCCAACGCUUGUGGCCCCUGCAUCGGCCAGUGGACUCGUACCGAUGGCGUCGAGAAGGGCACUGAGAACGCCAUUUUUACCUCCUACAACCGUAACUUCCGUGGUCGCAACGAUGGAAACGUCAAGACCAUGAAUUUCCUGGCCAGUCCCGAGCUUGUCACUGCCAUGGCAUACAGUGGCAGCACUACCUUCAACCCCAUGACUGAUUCCAUCCCUCUUCCUGACGGUGGUGAGUUCCGCUUCGACCCUCCCCAAGGCCGUGAUCUUCCCUCGACCGGCUUUGCGAAGGGCAACCCUGACUUCUUCCCUACUCCCGGCCACCCCGAUGCCAGUGUCGAAGUCGUAGUUGACCCCAACUCCUCUCGUCUCGCUCUCCUCGAGCCUUUCUCCCCCUUUCCCAAGUCUGAACUCGAAGGUCUCCGUGUCCUCGUCAAGGUCAAGGGACAAUGCACAACCGAAACCAUCUCUGCUGCCGGACCUUGGCUCAAGUACAAGGGUCACUUGCCCAACAUUGCUGAGAACACCCUGAUUGGCGCCAUCAACGCCGAGACUGGCGAGACCAACAUCGUCUACGAUGUCAACGACACAGAGUCCCGCGCCAAUGGCAUGGGAAUCCCUGCCCUUGCCAAGAAGUGGAAGGAGCAAGGCAACGAGUGGCUCGUGGUCGCCGAACACAACUACGGCGAGGGUUCCGCCCGCGAACACGCCGCUCUCCAACCCCGCUACCUCGGUGGCCGUAUCAUCCUCUCCAAGUCCUUUGCCCGUAUUCACGAGACCAACCUCAAGAAGCAAGGUGUCGUGCCAUUGACCUUCGUCAACGAAGCCGACUACGACAAAAUGGCCGCUUGUGACGAGGUCCGCACCGAGGGUCUUUUGGACGUUUUGCAGUCUGGCGGUCAAGGCGACGUUACCCUCGUCGUCAAAACCAAGUCUGGCGAGGAAAUCAGAGUUGCCACCAAGCACACUUUCUCAAAGGAUCAAUGCGCUUUCGUUCUUGCUGGAUCUGCAUUGAAUUUACUUGCUGCUCAGGCUGGAAAGAGUGUUGCAUAGAUGUUUUCUUUCUUUCUCCCUCUGAACAAAAGUGUGGGCUUUUGGAGAAAAUGCUUAGAGUUGAGUUUUCUGUGUCAUGAGCUUGUUCUUUUCUUUUUUUUCUUUUUCCAUUUUUGUUGAUAUAUCCCAUGAAAUGUUCAAACGCUUUAUAUUAUCCGACUUUGAAGUCCCAAUAAUACAUACACGUUCAGAGACAGCUUCCUCAGACAU